UCUGUAAACCACAUGAAAACAAACUUCUUCAAAUUGUUUUUACAUAAUUUAUUGUUUUUUAAUAUUUAAAACAAAUAGCUAUAAUAUAUGUUUUAGUAUACAAUGUUUUAGAUAUCCACGCAAUAUGUUUCGGACUAACUUGAAAUUGUGUUUUGCCAAAAACAUUGAGCUCCCAGGAUGCAGGCACAUGAGCAAACUUGACGCAAUACGAGAGAAACUUAGAGAAGGGCCUAGUUUAAAGGACUUCAUCUCUGACGAUCGCCCCAAAGACUGGGAUGACUAUGAAGGAAAGUUGAAGAGGGAGAAAGGUGAAAGGGAAAGACUCAGACUUCCGCCAUGGCUGAAAACUACAAUACCUACAGGUUCAAAGUUCAGUGAGCUGAAAAAACAAUUACGGACACUAAAACUGAGUACAGUGUGUGAGGAAGCCAGGUGUCCUAACAUUGGAGAAUGCUGGAGUGGCGGCAAACAGGGCACAUCAACUGCUACUAUUAUGUUAAUGGGCGACACGUGUACCCGAGGUUGUAUGUUCUGUUCAGUGAAGACAUCCCGAACGCCACCCCCACUGGAUCCAGAGGAGCCGUACAACACAGCAUACGCUAUCAGCCAAUGGGGUCUCGGGUAUAUUGUACUCACCUCAGUGGAUCGAGAUGAUUUGCCUGAUGGCGGCUCUGGGCAUUUUGCUGAAACAGUCAGAGAAAUAAAACGACAGAACAAAGAUAUCUUAGUGGAGUGUCUAGUACCAGAUUUUCGCGCCAAUAGAGAAUCUAUCGAGACAAUAGCCAACUGCGGGCUGGACGUGUUUGCACAUAACAUCGAGACCGUGGAGCGGUUGACUCCGUUCGUCAGGGACCCACGUGCUGGCUAUCGACAAACAUUGAAAGUAUUAGAAACGGCGAAGGAAGUUAAUCCUGAUCUAAUCACGAAAUCCUCAAUUAUGCUGGGGCUGGGAGAAUCUGACCAGCAAGUGGAGCAGACUAUGAAAGAUCUCCGCACAGCAGGUGUAGACUGCGUGACUCUCGGCCAGUACAUGCAACCCACGAAGCGUCAUCUCAAAGUGUUCGAAUACGUCACGCCGGCGAAAUUCAAACAAUGGGAGGACAAAGGAAACGAACUAGGCUUCUUGUACACUGCAAGUGGGCCUCUAGUUCGCUCGUCAUACAGAGCCGGAGAGUUCUUCAUAUCCAGCCUCCUACGUGACAGGAAGGCGAAAAGCUUGUGACCGAUAGAUGGCGUUGUUUAGUUAUUUUAGUUUCAAUUUCUCUCCACAGAUGGCGCUAUUUAUAAAUUUUUACUUCGGAGCACUAAGGUGGAGCUAGAUAGUACAAAGAGAAUAGACUGAUCGGCAAAAUGCGAUCCAAUAACAAUCCGAUAUUGUAUAGUAAUCUCUUUUAUGUUAUUUAUGUAAAUUGUAUUCAAGUGUUAUUGUGUACCGAGUCGACGAGCUUCACUCCAAGAUGGCGCUGUUUAUAGCAUUGUUUAGAAAAAUAUUGUUAUUUAUUAUAAGUUCAAAAACGCCAUAUGUCAUACAAUUUAGUUGUAUGUUGUUGUUGAAAUACAAUUAAAAUUAGUUUGUUGUACAAAAUGUGUAAUAUUUCGGUGUGUCUACAUGGAAUAAAUAAAGCAAGAACACAAAAAAAUUGCAAUAAUAUCGAGUAAUGUAAAGAAGUCAUAAAUACUCUCAGUAUGUAAUAAACGCAAGGACAAAAUAUUGCGAAAAUCUUUUAUAACUUUCGGUACAUUUUUAAUAAAUAUAAUUGAAUGAAAAUAACAAGAAAGUAUUCAUUCGUUUUAACAGCACCUUUGCAAAUAUUCUUCGGUAUAAACAAAUACAAUUUAAUUUAUUUUUAAAUAUUAAUAAAAACUUAAUGAUCGUGUACAAAUGUAGAUAAUUUAAUAAUUAUAAUGACGUGAUAAAAGAUAUUAAAUUGUUCUAAAAUAUUUAAAACUAAUUAGAGGGUAUAUUAGUUAGUCACUCUAUCAUUUCCGCACAUAGGCUUUUAUUUUGACUCAUAAAUAUUUUUAAUAUGUCCUUCGAAAUGUAUUCGCUCAUAACACUAUAAUAAUUGUUAAUUUGACAUGAGUACUAAAGCACAUACCAUAUAAAUGUUUCCUUCUUACUUCACACUACACUCUUAUUUUUGUUAAGACCUAGACGUGGCAAAAUAACAUGCACUCCCGGUCCCGAGAUAUUGUGAGCACAGGAAUCUAACGUUUUUUAAUAUAUUGAUACAUAACGUACUAAAAGAUUGGAUCAAUUUAAGAAACAAUAACUUAGUAUUUCUAUGUAAAGGCAUCCUGCGCUUUUGCCACGGGUCUCAGAUGGUCUAGUUAUAAACAGUGUUUUAUACCCAUGACUUCAUUCAUGUAAGUAAUAUUAUUUUAUCUGUGGUUCAUGUAAUUGGGACUAUAGUUUAAUCUGGAAUAAAUUUACCGAACGUUGGGUCAAGAGGGUGGCAGUAAUACGGAAGUAAAUACUACAAAUUAAAAAAAUAACAUUGAAAAGAUAGUUUCCUUGUUAGCUAGGCUAUUUAUUAUGUUUUCACGCCUUGGCUUGUAUCAAUAAUUAUGAAAGGGGCCAGAGAAAAACGGCCUAUUUUUAUCUUCUUUAAUCUUGUCCCACAGAUGAAUUUGCGGGUAGAAAUUAACAACUUUAGAAAACUGACUAUAUCUACAUAGCCAAUUAAUAACUCGCUACUAGUCAAAUUGUAUUCCUUGUCCUUAUAAAGUCAAAUAGUGUUGUUACCUCAUUAAAUUUAUUAAAAAAUUGUUAUUUUAUGUUAUUGUUAUGAACCUGUACAAAAUA